AUGAUCCCUCUUGCGGAUCUUUUCAACCAUCUCACGGAUAGAGAAAAUCUACAUCUAAUAGGGGAUGAAGAUACAACAAACUUGGAGGAGGAGGAGGAGGAGGACAAGAAACAAAGCAGGAGGUUGAACGCACAAAGGCAGGAGAGCACGAGAGGCAAGCAAAAGGAGGAGGAGGAUGGAGGCAUGUUAAGCAUGGAGGUGGUCCGAAGCGUCAAGGGAGGAAGUGAGAUCUUCAACACGUAUGGAGAGCUUGGGAGUGCUGCCCUCCUACUGCGAUACGGUUUCGUGGACAAGAAGAACCCACACGACUUUGUGAGCAUGAACGAGGACCUGGUGGGAGCCGGGCUGGUGCGAUGGAUGAGGAGGAGUGGGGGGGAGAAGCUGGAGGAAGAAGUGAGGAGACGACUGAAGUUCUGCAUCGAUGCUGGUGAGCUGAAAGCAGAGAGGUUGAUGAAGUCAGGGAUGGAUCAGCGGAACGAUAAGGGGAAGGAGGAAGGUCAGCAGAAUGGAGAAGCAGAGGGAGCAGACGAGGAGGAGGAGGAGGAGGAGGAGGAGGAGGAGGAGGUUGUGGAAGUGGACAUCAACACUCUGCUCUCCAUCGAGUCGGAGGAGGGACUGCCGCGGUGGAUCCUCGGUGAGGACGUGCUGGGCUGCUUCUCCGAGCUCCUACGAUCGCGCAUGGCCGAGCUGGAAGAGGGAGAAGGUUGGGAGGAGCUGAAGGGAGAGAGGACGGAGGAGAGGAAGGAGCUGGCGAUGCAGCUGAGGGAGAACGAGCGGCUGCUGCUGCGAAGGGCGCAAGCAUGGACAGAGAAAGCAUUGGAGGAGCAGAGAGGGGAAGAGGAGGAGGAGGAGGAGGAGGAGGAGGAGAAAUGA